CUCCUGCAGUCGCGGUUCUUCUUGUCCUCGACGAACUGUCACGACCUGUAGUGAUGUCGGAUCUCGAAGCGAAGGGCCACGCUGGCGGUCGCCGCGCGGACAUUGCUGUGGCAGAUGAGGAGCUGCUGGCGAGCUUGGGCUACAAGCAGGAGUUUAAGAGAGAGUUCACAGGGCUAGAAACGUUUGGCAUUGCGUUCAGCAUCAUUGGGCUGCUACCGUCCAUCGCGUCCGUCUUGUCCGACUCAAUACCAAAUGGAGGGGCCGCGGCGAUGGUAUGGGGCUGGGCAGUGGCGAGCUUCUUCAUCCUUCUUGUCGGGAUGUCCAUGGCGGAACUUGCCUCGGCAGCACCCACAUCCGGCGGUCUUUACUUCUGGACCCACUCGUUGUCGUCUCCUCGAUGGCGGAACCUCCUCGCGUGGAUAGUCGGAUAUGCGAACACGAUCGGUUCAAUUGCGUCCAUCGCCUCAAUCGACUGGGGAUGCGCAGUGCAGAUUAUGGCCGCUGCCAGCAUCGGAUCUAACGAGAGCUUCUCCGCGACAAGUGGCCAGACAUUUGCCGUAUACACUGCGAUCGUACUCUCACACGCGAUAAUCUGUUGUCUGGGCACCAAGGUCCUCGCACGUCUGCAGACUCUUUACGUUGUCCUGAACGUCCUGCUCUGUCUGGCAGUGAUUAUUGCUCUCCCUGCGGCAACGCCCUCGGAGUACAGGAACAGCGCGGCAUACGCGUUUGGCAACUUUGAUAACAUGAAUGGCUGGACGAACGGCUAUGCUUUCAUUCUGAGCUUCCUUGCCCCAUUGUGGACGAUCUGCUCGUUCGAUUCCAGUGUGCACAUCAGCGAGGAAGCCUCAAACGCUGCCGUCGCCGUGCCCUGGGCAAUCGUGUACGCCAUCGGCAUUGCCGGUGUGCUCGGCUGGGCGAUCAACGUCGCGCUUGCCUUCUGCAUGGGCACUGACCUCGACGCAAUCAUGGGAAGCUCCGUCGGACAGCCCAUGGCACAGAUCUUCUUCAACAGCUUCGGCCAAAAGGGCACGCUGGCAAUCUGGGCGUUUGUUGUGCUGGUGCAGUACAUGAUGGGCUCCAGCAUGGUGCUCGCGGCGUCGAGGCAGAGCUUCGCCUUUGCCCGUGACGGCGCACUACCCUUCUCCAGCUGGCUGUAUCGCAUGAACGGCUUCACGGGCACGCCCGUGAACACCGUGUGGUUCACGUGCGGCUUCUCCAUACUCCUCGGCCUGCUCGCGUUCGCGGGCGCACAGGCCAUCAACGCCAUCUUCUCCCUGUCGGUGGUCGCGCUCUACGUCGCCUAUGCCAUCCCCAUUGCUGCGCGGUUCCUCGGCAAGAACGACUUUGCGCCCGGUCCGUUCAAUCUGGGCCGCUUCAGCGGCCCUGUGGCGUUCCUGGCGGUGGCCUGGAUGACCUUCAUGGGCAUCGUGUUCCUUUUCCCGACCAGUCCCCAGACGGACACGGCCGACAUGAACUACGCUAUCGUCGUGCUGGGCGGCGUGCUCGUGCUGUCCCUCGUCUGGUACUACUUCCCGAAAUACGGGGGGGUACACUGGUUCACCGGGCCGGUGCACACAGUGGAGAAAACUGCGGCAAACUCGCGUCGCGGCUCGGUGGACUCCAUGCGGAAACAGAGGGAGCAGGAAAAGCAGUUUUCGGUGUCCGAGGAGCCGCUAUGACCAUGUUCGUAGUCGGCUGGAUUGUAAUGUAUAAUAUAGAGCGCCAUCUUUUUGCAAAGCAUGGAGCGAACUUCGCAUCGGUUACCUA